CCCCCUCCUGCAGGGCGAUGGUUUAAUCUGCUUCCUGCAUUGGGUUUACUCAGCAGCAAAGCAUUACUGGGAUUUCCAUGUGAUGUCAUGUAAUAUAUUGUGUGCAUCAGAGAGGAGAGAGGGGUGCAUCUGGCAGACCCCCCACCUUCCAAACCACAGCACCCCCCCCUUCCUCCGAAUACACAUGAAAUACUCAGAUUGCUCCUGCAAAAUAAUGGGUUCCCUCUGAAGGCCCCAGCAGAGGGAGCUGAGUGAGGAUCCAGGCCAGGCUAGGGGGACUCAUGCUUACAUGCAUUUAGUAAGAAACUGGAUCCAGAGGAGGAAACCCAGGCAAUGAGGAGGAGAGACCCUCUGCUGCAGGCAGGGCUGGUUCGUGGGACUUAGGGGAAGGGUUAAUGGUCCCGUUCCCCACUGACAGGACACGGAGCUCCUGAGGGAACUGUUUGCAAACCCCACCACGGCAAGCAUAUAUUCCCGCAGCACGCCGCCACCCCUAACAGCCAGAAGAAUGAAGAGUGGGACUUCCAAGUUCGGCGCAUGUUGCAUAACUCUUCUUAGAGGGAACCAUCUACGUGGAGAUGGAAGGGUCCAGGCAGGGCAGAGUGUCCCGGCCACAGAAGAUCAGCGAGUCUUCAAAGCUGUACCGAUGGGCUGAGCACUCCUGCCUUGUCCUCCGCAGCCUCAAUGAACAGAGGCAGAAAGGUCUCUUCUGCGACGUUAUUCUGGUGGCUGAUGACCAAAGAGUCCCAGCUCACAGGAACUUUCUGUCUGCCUGUAGUGACUACUUCAACUCCUUGUUUACUAUCGGCAUGAGGGAGGUCCACCAGAAAGAGGUGGAGUUGGUAGGUGCCUCGUACGUAGGCCUCAAGGCCGUCGUUGACUUCUUGUACACCAGCGAUCUCACCUUGGACGGAGUCAACACAGAUUAUGUCCUUGAGACGUCCCACCUCCUUCAGAUCUGGCCAGUGGUGGACUUCUGCUGUGAGUAUUUGGAAAGCGAGGUAAAUGAGGAGAAUUAUCUGUACCUGCAAGAACUGGCUUCUACGUACUCUCUGCAGCGCCUGGAGUCUUAUAUUGACUCGUUCAUCCUGCACAACUACAGCACUCUGUCCUCCACCAGCGAUUUCCUACAGAACAUCUCCAUCCAGAAGCUGUGCCAGUAUCUGAUGAGCAGUCAGGUCCAACAUGUAAGCGAGCAUGACCUUCUGCAGUCUGCCCUACAGUGGUUGACUCAUUGCCCAGAGCGGGAGAACCAAGCCUACCAAGUCCUCCAGAACAUACGCUUCCAGCUAAUCUCCAAGAGCGACCUCUUGCAUCAAGUCCAGCCGGCCAUUUGUUCCCUCCUGCCGAAAGAGGCAAAUUGCGAGAGCUUGGUGGAAAAGGCCAUCUAUUACCACAAUAAUGUGGCCGCACAGCCCUUACUCCAGAACACCCGCAGCACUUUGCGCAUGGGGACCGAGGAGCUUCUCUUUGUCGGCGGGGAGGUUUCUGAGCACAGCCUGGAGUUGAGCGAUGACGUCUACAGCCUGGACAUGAAAAGGGAGCGGUGGUUGUCAGAGACGCAGCUCCCAGCGAGACGAAGUCACCACUGUGUCAUAGCACUUGGCAACUUCAUCUAUGUGGCCGGAGGCAGUUACUCUAGGGACAACGGUGGUGAUGCGGCAUCCAACCUUCUCUACAGGUAUGAUCCCCGCUGGAGUCAGUGGAUCCAGAUGGCCUGCAUGAAACAGCAUCGCGUGGACUUUUAUUUGGCAGCGGUGACCGACAAACUUGUGGCAGUUGGCGGGAGGAACGAGAAUGGAGCCCUCUCGUCCGCCGAGAUCUACUGCCCACAGCGUGAUACCUGGAACUAUGUAUCCGAGCUACCCAGAUUGACAUACGGACAUGCUGGAACUGUCCACAAGGACUCUGUUUACAUCUCUGGAGGACACGACUACCAGAUUGGACCUUACAGGAAAAACCUGCUGUGUUACGACUCUCGUGCCGAUGUUUGGGAAGAGAGGAGACCCAUGAUCACCGCCAGGGGCUGGCACAGUAUGUGCACGGUGGAGGACAGCAUAUACUCUAUAGGGGGGAGCGAUGACAACCUGGAAUCCAUGGAACGUUUUGAUAUACUCAGCGUGGAGUGUUACAGCCCCCAGUGCGACCAGUGGACGCGCAUAGCUCCUUUAUUGCAACCAAAUAGCGAGUCCGGGGUGGCUGUUUUGGACAGCAAGAUCUAUAUCCUGGGUGGAUACAGCUGGGAGAACACAGCAUUUUCCAGAACUGUGCAAAUAUACGACAAGGAAAGGGGGAAGUGGGUGAAGGGCAUGGAUUUGCCCAAGACCGUGGCUGGUGUAUCAGCCUGUGUCUGCGUGCUGAACAGCAGACGCAAUGAUGGAAAUAAAAAAGCAGCGAGGCGGGAAGACAGAGGACGGUGAGGAGCUGCUGGGGUGGAGGACCCCCACAUGGUGUCUCUGGACAGAUGCUGGGGUGGAGGACCCCCAUACAGGGUCUCUGGAUAGAUGGUUACUGCGUUACCCAAUCAGUGCCUAACCUUUACAUCCCAGCAACGCAUUUCUCGUUUUGGUCCUUUUUAACUUUGCGUUUAACUGACAAAUUAACAAAUCUGACCGAUUAGGCAGCUUAAUCGUGCCAUUGUAUUGGGUGGCGGAAUCUAUUUGGCGAUAAAGCCUCUUUGAUAAAUCUAUUUAUACAGAGUCAGAAUUUUAAGUAUUUUUUACGAUAGCAAAAUAAAAAAAAUACCCUCCUAUGUGCUAUAGCCCUGAUCUGCGCAUUUGUACUUAAAAAACAGUCUCCACCCACUUGUGAUCACAUGAUCACAUUUCACAAUGGAAUGAGGUAGAAUGCCCUUAUCAGAUUUUUUUUUAUUUUAUUUUUUAUUUUAAAGCAAUGACUAAUUCGUAAUAAGUAAAAUCUUACGCUGGGCAAUGCCAGUGUUUUUAAAACCGUGUACAGUACAAUGUUCAUUAUUGAUUUUAAAAAAGUUUUAGGUUUUAAAGUUUGGUCUGUUGACUUCUGGGGCAGGAUGUAAUGCUGGCCGAGUUUGGCGGCCGUGCGGGAUGCCGACCGAACUCUGACUUUUUUUUUUUUUUUUUUUUUUUUAAAGGAGCAAUGACUUACAAGGCAUGGUUUUGCCUUGUAAGUGAUUGCCCCUUUAAUGCCUUGUACGUGAAUGCCCCUUUAAAAAAAACGCCCGAGUUCGACCGCUAUCCCACACGGCUGCCGAUCUCGGGAGGCAUUACAUGCCACCCCGGGAGUCUUAAUCUCCCCCUGAAAGUUGGCAGAAUUGACUCUAGUGUGAUAAACAAAAUGAGCGCAAUGUUUUUAAAAUAGGAAACAUUUUAGUUACUUGUUCCCCAGUAUUUCUGUCAUUAAAGUUAUUUGCAUUUUGAAUUGAAGUAAUGGGCCUGGAGUCCGAGCGUGACCUAUUGGUGGUUGUGUCCACCAUGGCCGCCUUACCGCAAGACUGAGAGAAACAAUGGGACACGUUACACAGAAAUAGGCCUAUGUAGCAGAACAUAUUUUACAGCACCAAACAAACCCAAAACCUCAAGAUGUGUUACAUAGUAGAGACAGACUUAAUGCUUAUCAGCUUUGUAUUUUAUUUUCAUAUUAGAUAAUUGAAGACCGAUGUCCUUUUAUAGUUUUAAGAUGGUCAUAAAUAAGGUAAAUCUAUGCGCUAUUAAUGGCUUGGUGAGACGGUACACUGUAUAUUAACAACUUAGGGGUAUAUUCAGUUGAAGUCGAAAGCUGCCGUCUGUCGGAAAGACGGCAGUUUUCUACUUUUUUAGGUCGGAAGGGAUUCCCACCUAUUCAAUAUAACCCAAAAUGAUCCGACACGUGGAUCGGCGGAAUAGCUGCCGAUCCAUGUGCUUCUGUUGGAGACGGGGCCAAAUCCGACAGGUUUUGGCCCCAUUUCCGAUCAUCUCAAUCCGACUAUAAAAACAGUCGGAUUGAGAUGAGGGAGCUGAGAGAAGGAGACGGGGGAGAGCAGCGCUACAGCAGCGUAGCCGGAGGAUGUGUCACGAAACCUCGCUUGCUGGAGCCGGGUGGACGCUGCGUGAGCGGUGGCUGUGACACAUCCUCCGGCUACGCUGCUAUAGCCGCUGCUGUAUUGCUGCUCUCCCCCGUCUGCCCGCGGCUCUCCCGUCUCAGCUCCUGCAUCUCAAUUCGACUUUUUUUAAAGUCGGAUUGAGAUGGGCAUUGAAUAGCUCUUGUCGGAUCCAUUCCGACAAAUGAAUGUCGGAAUGGAUCCGACUUCAAUUGAAUAUACCCCUUAAAGGUAAUGCUGACUGUUUCUAUGAAGCAGGUUUGGUAAGCGAGUGAUAAGUUCUCUACAGUAACUGCACAGGAUUAGAGACUCUACAAUAGAUAGACUACCUAUAUUACACCUUUUUUAUGGGCCUUUUGCAUAUGUAAAAUAUUUGGUUUGUUAUCAGUGUAUUUAUUUGUGAACUGUACACUGUGUUUUAUAAUAGGAUAUUGGUAAAUUGCACUUUUUCUUGUUUGAAUUAUUGUUUUCGGUAGUCCUAAAUGCACUGAAACAUGUGUUAUCCCAGUUUUGUAACAGAAUGUUACAUUUGGACAUUUAUUAUGUUAUAUUAUUAUAAUGCUCCCCUAGAAGAAGUUUGUAAGAGAUAUUUAUGAAAUCUGGUGCACAGGUGAUGGUGCUGUUACCAUAGUAACUUUCCAGCUGUUGCCGUUGCUAUCUGUACUACUGAAAUCAUGUGAUCUGUUUGCUACGGUUACAAUGCUGUGUCUGCACCAGUUUUCCUAUUUGUCCCACUAGUAUAUUUAUAAAGCUCCCCCAAAGUCUGCAUCUGAGUGGAUUCACAGAGUACUCAGCAAUUACACUGUGUGUGUUUCAUUUUUAUAUUUCACAUAAAAUAAAAGUGUCACUAAUUCUAUGUAUAUGUGCCAAGAUGUAGACUGAGGACAGGGCUAGUCCCCGGUAGUCGUCUGUCUGUUUGAUUGGGCUAAUCUCGAGAACCACUGACCGGAUUU